CCCGGACGGCGCGUCCCGCCCCGGCUGCUCCCCCUGCCCGGGGGGCCGGGCUGGGCUGGGCGGCCGAAGGAGGAGCCGGCCCGCCGAGCCCCUGCUGCGGGUUUUAGGAUGGCCUGGGGUCUCCUCCAGGCUGUGGGGAGUGAGGAAGACGCUGCCGACCAAGCCCGGCGCGGGGGGCCGGGAAUGCCGCUCCCCCCCGCUGCCUAGGCUGGGAUGCGGCGGCUUCUCCCGGCGCUCCCCGGCUCCCUGGGGCGAGCCUGGCUCCGAGCUGUCACCUCAGGUUUGUCAGUGAAGGCGCCGAUGGAAACGGGGAGCAGCAGCACUGAGAAGUUUUACAGGAUCCCUGAAGGAAAGGGGCCGCACCCGGUUGGGUGUACGGACUUGAUGACAGAAAAUGCAGUUGAGGGAAGCUUCUUGCGCCUGUAUUAUCCAUCAUGCGAUGCCACCAAUAAUGAAGAGGCACCAUGGAUUCCAGAUAAGGAAUACUAUCAGGGACUCUCUGACUUCCUCAAUAUGUACCGAAUUGUAGGAGAAAGGCUUUUCCAGUACUAUGUUGGUUCAGUGACGUGUCCUGCAAAGUCAAAUGCUCCUUUUAAGCCGGGAGAGAAAUACCCACUCCUCAUUUUUUCCCAUGGACUUGGAGCUUUCCGGACAAUCUAUUCUGCUAUUUGCAUAGAGAUGGCUUCCCAGGGCUUUGUAGUGGCUGCUGUGGAGCACAGAGAUGAAUCUGCUUCAGCAACUUACUACUGUAAAAAAAGGUCUGUUACUGAACUACAGGAAGAGUCUACAUCAGUCAUGGAGAAGGAGUGGAUCUACUACAGGAAACUAAAAACCGGGGAGGAGGAGCGGUGUUUGCGCCACAAGCAGGUGCAGCAGAGGGCACAGGAGUGUAUCAAAGCUCUCAACCUCAUUCUUAAAAUCAAUUCAGGAGAGGAAAUAACAAACGUACUAAAUUCAGACUUCAACUGGAAUAGCCUAAAGGAUUCUGUUGAUACUAGCAGAAUAGCUGUGAUGGGACACUCUUUUGGUGGUGCUACAGUUAUUGAGAGUCUCAGCAAAGAAAAAAGAUUCAGGUGUGGCAUUGCCCUUGAUGCAUGGAUGCUCCCUGUAGGUGAUGACAUUUACCAAAACAGCAUCCAGCAACCGCUGCUUUUCAUCAACUCUGAAAAAUUCCAGUGGGCCGAUAAUAUCUUAAAGAUGAAGCAGCUCAGCUCCAAUGACACAAACAAGAAAAUGAUCACUAUCAAGGGGUCAGUACAUCAGAGCUUUCCUGACUUUACCUUUGUGAGUGGAGAAAUUAUUGGAAGAUUUUUCAAAUUAAAAGGAGAAAUAGAUCCAAAUGAAGCAAUUGAUAUAAGCAAUCAUGCUUCAUUAGCCUUCCUGCAGAAACAUUUGAGUCUUAAGAAGGAUUUUGAAAAGUGGGAUUCUCUUGUGGAUGGCAUAGGACCCAAUGUUAUUCCUGGUACCAAUAUUGACUUAUCUCCAGCUGAACCUGAGUAAAGAAUACAAGGAAGUACUGAAAAUGCUUCGGACAUCAGGACACUAAUGUUGGCCAGAUAAGACUCAGACUUGUAAUAGCAUUGGCCACUUACACAGCUUUUGGGGUGUGGAACAACAGUAACCACAAAGAUAAAGGCAUUAGGUUGUAUUAUCAUGAAAAUGUACAGAGGUUGUAGUUGAAACGAGUCAGUUGGAUUUUCUGAAAUACUGUAAAAGAGUAACUUCUGCUUUAUAGGCAGCUGGGGGAAAACCACUUAUGGUAAUUUAAAUGCUCUUUCUGUUUUUGACUCAGAAUCAAAUUGGCAGAGAGAGAUAAAAGCUCCAAGGAAGUCAACUAAAGUUCUGCUUACCAAGCUUUAAGUCAGUUUGUAUCCAGCAAGCCUUUUUUGCAGUGUUAAAAAAAAAUUACAAAAUCUUUGUUGUUAAACUACUUAGUAUUUCAGCUGUGCUCUGGACAACAGUUGAGAGUUGGAGCAGGUUAUUCCUCCUUCUAGUCAGAGAGGUGCCAAUGGAAGGUCUUCAAAACUUCUGUUUUUAAAAAACUACAGGAAUAGUUUAAGGUAACAGCAGAUAAAGUUGUUUGUUCAGACACAGAACUUUGGAUAUGAACUCAAUCCACUUCCAUGUGAUAUCCAUGUUUGCUGCCAUACUUAGAGGAUGUUUCCAUUCCAAAAGCUGCUGAAAUGGUCACUCUUUUUGUAGCAACUGUAAUUCCCCUUAGGCUCAGCUCCAAGUAGUGCCUCUCCUGUGUAUCUCUGUAUUAUCACUGUCAGUCAUACUGUUGUAGGUGAAAAUGCAGAAGAGAUAUGUCACUUCUACCAUGCCCUUUAAAAAGGAGUAUGUAAGCAUUGCUUGAUCAUUUUGAUGAAUUUCAUGGUUGCAAAACUCUCCAGGCACGUGUCAUUGUCCAGGUACUAGCAUUGCUGUCUGUAUCUGUCAGUAGAAGCAGUUGACUGUGUGGUUGGCUAAAGGCAGCUCCGACUUUUAGAGCCAAACUCUUUGAAGCUGCCACAUGGAAGGGUAACUUCUACAUGGGUAAGCUUUGCAAAAAGGGGAAUAAUUCUAACUGUGGCCUAUUUGUUUCAAAAUCAGGCUACAGACAACACAACUGAGGCAAGGAGAACAAGCAAAGUAGUUAAUAGUGUAAUUCAGUAUUUCUGUAAUCUGAUUUUAACAUGAGAUUGCAACGACAUCUAAGACCUGUUUGUUUCAGAAUUUAAUUAAAUUCUCUGCAUCCUA